AUGAAGUUGAGCAUAAGCUUCAAACAAACCUAUGAGGUUGAGCAGCAGGAGGUAAAGGAAGUGGUGAUGGUGAGAAAAGAGAUACGAAAAGGGUGCAUGAAAAUAAAGGUGGGUGGUGAAGGCGAAGAGCAGCAGAAAAUAACGGUGCCGGUGAAUUACCUGAAGCACCCACUCUUUGUUCAGCUUUUGAAGGAGGCGGAGGAAGAGUACGGCUUUACACACAAGGGCACCAUAACUAUCCCUUGUCAACUCGCCCAGUUUAAGCACGUUCAGCACUUGAUCGAUGCCGAAACCUCCCUUCACCACCACCAUCAUCUUCACCUCGUUCCCUGUUUCCGAGCUUAA